AUGGACGAGAAGACCCUAGAUAACGUGGUGAAAGCUGUAGUGCAGCAGAGUCUGAAAGUUUUGGGGGAAAGGAAAAUUCCCGACAACGAUGCUAAACUCUCCUCCGCCGGCGUAGAAAAAUCUUUAUCGGUGACAUCAUCACCUCGUAGGAGGUCGCCACCGGAAAAGUCGGACAAAAGUCCAGUGGUAGAACCGCAGGCCCAGGAGGAGAAGUCUGUAAAAACUCCAGUGACAGAACCGCGGCAGCAGAAAAAGCCUGUCAAAAGUCCAGAGCCGCCGCAGCAGAAAGAGAAGGCUGUCAAAAGUCCGGUGCCGCCGCAGCGGAAGGAGAAGGCUGUCAAAAGUCCGGUGCCGGCGCAGCAGAAACAGCAGAAGUCAGUCAAAAGUCCAGCGUUAGCUGAGACCCCUGCAAAGAAGAAUUCGGAGCUUGAGAAGGAUACAGUGGAUGCUAAGGAUGGUAAGGAUGCCAACGUUCCAGCCUAUGGACGCGGCUUACGGGGCAAGGCCAAGCGUACUGUUACUGUAAAGGAUGAGGCUAUCGAGGAUAAGAAAAAAGCACAGCGGGCAGAGGCUGCGUUGAAGAGGAAGGAGAAGCAAGAGGCUAAGAAAAAAGAGAACGAGGAGAAGAAACAGAAGAGAAAAGCGGCUGAGUUACAAAAGAAACAAGAGGCUGGGUUACAGAAGAAAAAUAAGGAAGACGAGGCUGAGUUACCGAAAAAAAAGGAAAAAGAGGCUGAGUUACCGAAGAAGAAGAAAGAAGAAGAGGCUGAGUUACAGCGGUCUGAGGAAUGUGUUGUGACGAACGACGAAGUUCUUGCGGAAGAUAACGCAUUGGCGGCGGAGUCUGAUGUCGAGCCAGCUGAAUUGAUUAGAUCUUCCGUGAUAAAGGAAUUUCGGGAGAAAUCAGUUAAGUUAUCUCCACAAGGGUUUUCAUUGACGAACCUUGAUUCAGCACCAGUUUUUCCGUACAUUGGAGACAAUGGACAGACGACUUGCAUGAGGAAGAACAUUACGCCUUCAUCAGCAAUAUACGACCCUUGCGCACCUGUUGAUCCGGCGCGACUGGAAAAACUGAAGCAACACAUUAAGGCAAUUCCACCCAAACCACCAGCACCUAAAGAUAAACCAGAAAAACUCUCAGCUGAUCAUGAGAGUGACUUCUACAGCAUACUCAUGCAUGAAAGACCGUGGCCUGACAAAGAAUAUGGAUGGGUGUUUGAUAAUCAUAUCGCUGCGUAUAUGAACGUCCUCAUACAAAGGUCCAUGCGAGAUCCCACUCCAUUCUGGUCCAAGCGGAUUGGUUUCAUAGACCCUUGGUUGUUAAGUUUUGGGCUUACGAUUACAGGCAGUUCAGGAUGA